UGCAAGGCGGCCGAGGCGGCGGCCGACGAACCGGCGCUGUGCCUGCAGUGCGAUAUGAACGACUGCUACAGCCGCCUGCGGAGGUUGGUCCCCACCAUCCCGCCCAACAAGAAAGUCAGCAAAGUGGAGAUCCUGCAGCACGUCAUUGACUACAUCCUGGACCUGCAGCUGGCGCUGGAGACGCACCCGGCUCUGCUGAGGCAGCCGCCGCCGCCCGCGCCGCCGCACCACCCGACUGGGACCUGUCCAGUCGUGCCGCCGCGGACCCCGCUUACGGCGCUCAACACGGACCCGGCCGGCGCGGUGAACAAACAGGGCGACAGCAUUCUGUGCCGCUGAGCCGCGCUGUCCAGGUGUGCGGCCGCCUGAGCUGGAGCCAGGAGCUCUAGAGAGGGAGGGGGAAGAGCAGAAGUUAGAAAAAAAGCCACCGGAGGAAAGGAAAAAACGUCAGCAAACCCUAGAAACGUUUUCAUUCAUCAUUCCAAGAGGGAGAGAGAGGAAAGAAAAAUACAACGUUCACCCUUUUUUGCACGUUCAUAAACCUUCUACAUACAUACUCUGUUUCGUCUCUUCA